AUGGUCACUUGCAAGAUUGUUUACCAAGUCGUCACGGAAUUCGUUACGGAAUACGUCACCAUCCUUCCGGGUCAGACCCAGCAGUUGGGUGAGGCCGUGGUUGCUUCCUCAACUGGCACCAACAAGGCCUCCACCAGCGUUUCGUCCAUCAAGACGGCGGCUGCCACCACUCAGAAGCAGGUCGCUGCUCAGGAGACUACUGUUGCCAAGGCCACAACUCCAACCACCUUUGUCACUAUUGCCACCACCCCUGCCGCUCAGACCACUGCCCAGACCACUGCCCAGACCACUGCUCAGACUACUGCUCAGACCACUGCUCAGACCACCUCGUCUAGUGAAUUCUCCGGCGCCAAGGACCCUAUCUUUGCCAAGGCUAUCUUAGACGAACACAAUGCCAAGCGUGCCUUGCACGGUGUCAAUGCUCUUACCUGGGACAACACCUUGUACGAGUACGCUCAGGCCUAUGCUGACAACUACGACUGUUCCGGUGCCUUGAUCCACUCUGGCGGCCCAUACGGUGAAAACUUGGCUAUCGGCUACACCACCACCGGUGCUGUUGACGCCUGGUACGAUGAGGGUUCCUCUUACGACUACUCCGCUGCCAAUACCUACGACCACUUUACCCAGGUUAUUUGGAAGAGCACCACCAAGUUGGGCUGUGGCUACAAGACCUGUAACAACAUAUGGGGUACCUACAUCAUUUGUUCGUACGAUCCUGCCGGUAACUUUAUCGGCGAGGACGCUGCCAACGUCUUGCCAUUGAUCUAA